AUGCAGGCUGAAUUUGUAUACCAAAAUGACGAUUUUAUAACAGAGUAUGACACUAAAGCAUCAGUAACUCAGAGUGAAAUCAAGGAUUUUAUUGUUAAAUUAACAAUUAAUCCAUCAGCCGAGUUAUUUUGGAUUCUUUCUAAAAUUAUCACUGUUGCAACAACUCAAGAUUUAUCAAAUGUCGGAAAUUCACUUAUUAACAUUAUUAAACAGAAUUGCAAUAAGUUUUUAGGCGCCUGUUUCUCUGCAGCUCAUUAUAUUAAUAAAAUGUCAGAAACUAAGAAGGAAGAUUGCCAAUUAUUAUGUGAAACGCUUAAAAUACCAUCAUGCCCAUUGCAUGCUGUACAAAUUAUUAAAUUAUUAACAGUUGAUGGAAUAAAAUUCGAAAAUUAUUCACAUUUAUUCGCAAAUCCAGACAUUUCUAUUCAAAAAUCCAUUGCUAUAGCUAUUUCUCAAACAUGUGAUAACCCAGAACAACUAUUAGAAAAAUAUUUAAAUGACAUUUCAAAUGAAACAAAUUAUAUUCGUCGUAGAGGACUAAUUCUCAUAUGUAGCGAACUCUCUUACAUCGAAAUGCCAGCAAGUAAGUACAUAGAUGCACUAUUUCCUUUUAUUUUGAAUAAAGGUAAAGAAGUUUCAGAAUUAUCAGCAAUGUACGAAGCCCAAAACCUCCUGGCCAAGCUAACAAGACACAAUCCAUCUGCUUUUCAUCAAUGCGAAGAGUUUUUACAGGCAAUUCAAAAUCAAUACGAAUCUAACAAUUUAUCACCGGAAUUUCUUGAAGCAUACUUACUAUCAUUCGGUAGAUCAGCGAUUAAAUCACUUUCGAAAGAUGUUUUACCACAAAAUUUACUAAAUUUACCUGGAUCUGGCAAAAUGUUUGUAAAAUUGUUUGCUCCUUAUGUCUGCCAUAUGAACUCCGAUAUUAAUUUCAAGUUUUUCAAUACUUUGGUUGAUUUAUGUUAUAAUAACAGAUUUGACAUAGAAUUGUUUGAUAUUACUUCACAGGCGUUUGCGGCCAUGGCCCCACUUGUCCCCCCUCAAAUUGGAAAAUUUUUGAAUGCGAUUGAAAAAUCUCCAAUUUCUCAGAGAUUUUCUUCUAUUAUCGGGCCAUUACUUCAGCCAAAGCUUCCAGCUCCUCUUCAGAAACUAAGUACAUCUGUUGCAGUUCUUCCUGAAGAAAAACACGAUAUCGAAAUUCAGUGCACUCCAACUCGUAGUGAUGGAGGCUGCCAAACAGAGCAGGCUAUAUAG